GCGCCCGCCCGCUCGCCGGCCGCCAUUUUAAGGGCGAUUUUUUUUCUCCCGGGCUCCAAAGAGCCGAGAUUCCAGCAGGCCUUGCGACGGCCUCCUACCCCCAAGGCGGUGGGCGUGGCCACGCCACAGGAAAGGGCGUGGCCACCCCUUGAGAAGCCGGGCAGGGCGCCCGUUAAUGCUUUGCACGUGCGCCCUGCCUGAGGAGCAAAUCCGACGCCAGGAACGAUGGAUAUUCAGCGGUCUCUUGAGCUCCUCCAUAUGACCAUCUACUCCCAGAGUGUCUCACCUUGUGGCAAGUAUUUAGCAGCAGGGAACAACUAUGGGGAGAUUGCCAUAUUCAGCCUCUCGGCAGCAUUGAGUUCAGAGGCUAAGGAAGAAAGCAAGAAGCCUGUGGUCUCCUUUAUAGCCCAUGAAGGCCCGAUCUAUGCCAUGAUUUCCACAGACCGCCAGUUGUUAAGUGCUGGCAAUGGCGAAGUUAAAGCUUGGAACUGGAGUGAGAUUGUGAAGAAGGGUUGCAAAGAAGCCUGGAGUAAAAGGCCACCUUAUGGGAGCAGUCUGGAGGUGCCAGAGAUCAACAGCCUUCAGCUGAACCUCAAGGAUAAUAGUCUUUUAAUGGCUGGUGGAGACUGUGUUAUUCGCAUGAUGGAUCUGGAGUCUGGAACGUUCAUUCAUGAAUAUCAGGGCCACACAGACUACAUCCAUUGCUUGGCCCUUCGGGAGCAGCUCCGCGAGUGCCUAUCAGGCAGCGAGGAUGGCACAGUGCGGCUUUGGGAUUUACGUACUAAAAGUCAGGUCCAGUCCAUUGAAGUGCACAAGUAUGAGGAAUGUAGCCGGCCACAGUACGGGAAGUGGAUCCGUUGCCUGGCAACAGACUCUGACUGGAUGGUCUGCGGUGGGGGUCCAGCGCUCACUCUGUGGCACCUCCGGUCGGUCACCCCCACCACUGUGUUUCCUUUGCCCCAGUGUCAGCAGCAAGUUAUGUUCUACCAGGACCUGAUUCUCUCAGCCGGUCACAGCCCCAGCAUCAACCAUUUACAGAUCAGUGGCGAAGUGAAAGCCCAAAUCCCUUGCAUUCCACGUUGCGUCCACUCUCUUUCCAUCAACGAACAUUCCCCAGAGCACAAGGUGUUGACAGCUGCCGGAAGCAGCCACCGCAUUGAUGUCUUCACCAAUUUUGGCUACCGGGCCUUUUCCCUCACUUUCACCUAGUGCUCUCUUCUGUUCUGUGUCCGUUUCAUAAAUGUUCAGAAAGCUCUGUAUUUUCAAAUAUGGCUCCACACACAAAGUACCUCUAAAACAGCAGCUCUACACUACAAGCAGCUACUGUUGAAGACAGAAAGCAGCUCUGGUGUCUCCUGUUGGUUUGAAAGGAUGAUGGAAUUGUUAUCCUAAGCCUGCUUGCUUGCAUUUACAGUUGGGGCAUCAGUGAAGCAAACUGUGGACUCGGCCUGCAUUUGCUGCAGCUAGAG